GGGGUCGUGCGCUGGGAGGGAGAGCCUGGAAUUGGAAAUUUGUCCCUUUUUUGUGGGGGGCGGGUCAGGGUGGGGAGGGUCUUGGGGGUCCUUCUCCUCCCCUUAUAUUGGGGGGCUCUUCUUUCUGUUGCUUGCAUCGCAGCCUUUCUCCCAGCCAAGCCUCUUGGGCGCUUGCUUGCCUUUGUCUGCGGCUUCCAUCCCCUCGCGCCUGCUGCUCUGCUGCUGCUGCUGCUGCUGCUUUCAUGAUUAACGUUACUUUUUUAUUUUAUUUUUAAUUUUUUUGCUGUGCACAUUGAAUGGUUGAGGGAGGAAUUAAGAAAAUAAUAACCAAGACCUCCCCUUGCUUCCCACUGCAACGUUUUGCAAAAGACACGUGUCUUCUUUGACAGGCAUCCCUGAGUUGCAACUGGAGCAAAAAAGCACAGGCAGUGGAGCCCCAGGCUCUGCCUUCCUCCCCGGCCUCCCCUCCCGGCCUUGUUCUUCUCUCCAUCCACCCUCUCCGCUCUAGGGCUUUCCACUGCAGGGUUGGUUUCGGAGGGUUUUGGCAGGAGAAUUGGCUUCCUCUUGGUCCUUCUGAAGGAGCCAUUCUUUUUGAAGGGUGUGUCCCCCCCCCUUUGAAGGGGAGGAGGGGGCAGAAAGAAAAGAUGGCCCUGCUGCCCCGCAUCUCCUCCAAACUGCCCCCCGACAUCGACCCCACGAAGGCCCCCAUUGCCUUCGGCCGGAGGGCCCUCCCAAAGCUCAACGAAGAGUUGCACGACCCGGAGCUGCUGACCCGGCAGAGGGCCCUGAUGGCCCUGUGUGAUCUGGUGCAUGACCCGGAGAACACCUACACUGCAAUCAGCAUAGGAUUCCUAGAUACUUUGAAAACACUGCUUUUGGAUAAAGAUGGCUUAGUGCGCCGAAAAACAACAGAGGUCCUGUAUAUAAUGGCUACGCAUAAUGUUGGCAGGCUUGGAUUUCUAGACAAUGAAGUCAUCCCAGCUCUGGCCCAGCUUUUGAAUGAUCCAGUGGAGAUUUGUCGAUGGAACAUGCACUAUGCAUAUAAACUUCUGUCAGAAUUCCGUCCAGGUGCUGUUGGGAUCGUCGAGAGCGGCUUGAUCCCCUCCCUGGUCCUCAAGCUGAACUCCGAGCUCGAAGAGAUCCAGGAGCUGAUCUUGGACACGCUGGCGUGCUGCCUGCGCGUGGAGGCCUUUGAAGCCUUGGCCACCGGGGCAGUGAGCAUCUUGAAGGAGAAGCUCAGCCACUCCUCGGUGGAGAUCAGAAGCAGAGCGGCCCAGGCCCUCAUGGCAAUCAGCGUCCCUCUGGAGGGGAAGAAGAUGGUCUUAGAAGAAGAUGUCUUCCCAGAUCUCGUCACGCUGUUGGAAGAUGAAGACGCUGAAGUCCGAGCCAACGCAGCUGGGGCCCUGAUGUUCGCGGCAGUGACAACACCAGGGAAAUACGCGGCGAUCAACGCCGACGCCAUCGACACCCUCCUGCCGCUGAUCAACGACGAGAAGAGCAAGGUCCGCCUGUACAGCAUCAAAGCCUUGACCAUGUUGGCCGAAGCGCCGGAGGGACGCAGGUCGCUGCUGUCCCACGUGCCGAUGUUUCAGGAGCGGAUGGCCGACUCCAGCGAGGCGGUCGGGAGAGCGGCGAAGAUCGCUGUGCAAGUCAUUGAGUGGAAACCUUAGCAAGCACACACACACACACCCCAAGGGCCACUCACAAAGCUGGGGAGGGUGUGUGUGUGUGUGCGCGCGCUCCUCUUUGCAAUAAACCAUGGAGUUCUACCCACAGCAGCCUUUGCCACCCAGGGAGAAGAUGCUUGCCAUGGCCCCUGUUGGGCUGGGCAGCCGGGGGGGUGGGGUUGGGGGCGCUGGAGCUCCUGUGCUGGCGGAGGUGGCUCUUCUCUGAGGCAGCCGAGGAGAAGGCAGAGAGAUCUCUGCCCGGCACUUAGAAAGUCUGGGGCCUGGGCUCACAGCCCCCCACCCCACCCCCGAUAAUUAAAUAUGAUCAUAUGCCCUCCCCCCCCCCCGCCACAAAUAAUUGCAUAUGUUUCUAAAAAAUCUCUCUUGUAUCAUAAGCUCCUCCUGGGGUGGCGGCAGCAGCAACAGAGAGCCCCAGGUGAAGCCAGGAGCUUUCUCCCCUGCUGCACUUCUGUUCUCAAAGAGGUCAUGGCGGAUGAGAUGGGGGGCCCUGAAGAAUUCUUGGGGGGGCCCGUGCCCGACGGCCACCCACUAAUGACUCCUCUGGAGCCGAGACAGAGGUCCCCCUUCCCAGCCUCAGGAGUCAGGAGCGGUGCAAGAAUCCUUUUGCAGCUCCCUUCAUGGCGACGGGGCCUACCCAAGAGGCACUCCAGGUGGCUUGUGUGUCCCUGUGAAUGAGGAGGAGCUCAGUGGGGUUCCGGGUCAGCCCGGGAGGCCUGCAGGGAGGGUUUUCUGAGCUCUCGCUCCCUUUCCCUGGUGGCCGCCCAGCCUUACCUCGCCUCCCUCCGGCCCCUUCAGCUCCUUGCUUGUCUGCCCUGGAACUCAACCCCCGUGGCCUGCUUUGGACCACGUCCUUGCCUCUGGCCCACGGGGACUCACAGCCAGCCCUUCUGGCUCCCACAAUCCGACGGCCUAGAGAAGGGCAUUGGACUACAACUCCCAUGGUACCUGACUAUGGGCUACUGUGGCAGGGGUUUAUGGGAGUUGUAGUCCAAAAACAACUGGAGUCUGACGUCUCGGGGUGUGUGUGUGUGUGUGUGUGUGUGUAGACGCACGAUGUUUUGUGCUCUUGUGAUGGGACAGCAUGUUUGGACUAACAGCCCCUUUCUUCGCCUAGCUCUGCGCCAUGGACUCUUCUCCCCUGUCCCUGAAAUGGCGCAGCCUUCAAUCCAGCCUGCUAGCUCCAGCCUGCUUUCCUUCCGGGGACUCUUGUCUUACUCCCCACGAUCCUGCAGGCAGGCAAGCACCGAUCCCAAUCCGGCCGACGCCCUCGCCCUUCCCUUGCUCAGUCAACAAGGCAGACACAAAGGACCAUUAAGCAGAUUCCUCUUUGCAAUCAUUAACUGCACCCGAAGUGGCUCUGUCUAUAGCAGCAAGUGGAAGCAUUACCGGCUGGCUGGGAGAAACAAGGGGGUCUCCGGAGAAAUGGCUAAAAGGGUCACGGCAGCGGCUGGGCUGCACAGUGAGGACGCAGGCCUGCCGGAAAUGAUCUCGGCUGCCAGUGGCUAAGCAGCCCCGCUGCCUCUGCACGCAACUCAAGCCUCCAUCAGCUUCAGAAUGUCACCCCAAGGCAUUUUGAUGUCAGAGAGACAGAAAAGCCAAGUGACACCAUCACACCAUGAAUUAGCAGGCGCAAACCACCGGAAGGUUCUCCCGCACACGUGCCUUGAAAUGCUACAGUUCACUCCGACAUGGCUUGCGCCUUCCUUACAAGGCAAGGCUACAACACCUGGGGCUUUUUCGCUUAGAAAAAAGACGCCAAACGGGAGGCAUGGCAGAGGUCUAUAAAAUGAUGCAUGGUGUGGUGAGAGAGGAAUGCAACCUGGGAGAAGCCGCUGCCAGUCUGUGUAGACAAUUACUGAGCUAGAUGGACUAAGGGUCUGACUCCGUAAAAAGCAGCUUCCUAGAACCAGGGCUCGUCCCAUGAAAGGGAUAGGACCAACGAAAGGAACAAAGCUCCUAAGCACUAACAACGUUAAUCACGGUGUCAACUUCCUUUUCUGUGCAGGAUCCACACUUUGCACACACAAAAAGAUGCAUGAAAGGAUCACACACAGCUGUAAGUUUUUCAGCUGGGCAUCACAGGAGAUCUGCUUGCAAGCCAUUUAGUCAUCUGGAAAUUAUUUUCUUUCUUUCUUUCUUUUUUAAAAGUCCCUUUGCAUUGCAUUGCCUUCUGCAUAUUGUAAAUGCAGCAAUUAGUGUGUCAGCAUCUGGCACCUUCACACCCUGUAAUUAAACCUGAUGUUUCUAAAAAUG